GUGGGGUGUGACGGGCGGACGGGGACGCGGGCUGUGGCAGUGUGUGUGACAGCGAGAGAGAGCGCUUUUUUAUUUUAUAUAGAAGGAGUUAAGGUGCCCGGGAAAACGCGCCAUAAGUUCCGCCUGAGCUUCCGUGUCUUUUGCAGUGACAGGCCCUGACAGAACUACUGGCACUCACACAGAGAGAGACAGAGCUUCUGUAAGAGAGACAGCCUUGGAAGAGCUUCUGCCAGAGAGACAGCCUUGGAAGAGCUUCUGUCAGAGAGACAGCCUUGGAAGAGCUUCUGCCAGAGAGACAGCCUUGGAAGAGCUUCUGUCAGAGAGACAGCCUUGGAAGAGAGUCUGUCAGAGAGACAGCCUUGGAAGAGCUUCUGCCAGAGAGACAGCCUUGGAAGAGAGUCUGUCAGAGAGACAGCCUUGGAAGAGCUUCUGCCAGAGAGACAGCCUUGGAAGAGAGUCUGUAAGAGAGACAGACUUGGAAGAGCUUCUGCCAGAGAGACAGCCUUGGAAGAGAGUCUGUCAGAGAGACAGCCUUGGAAGAGCUUCUGCCAGAGAGACAGCCUUGGAAGAGCAUCUGUCAGAGAGACAGCCUUGGAAGAGCAUCUGUCAGAGAGACAGCCUUGGAAGAGAGUCUGUCACAGAGAGACAGCCUUGGAAGAGAGUCUGUCACAGAGAGACAGCCUUGGAAGUGCCGCUGUCACAGAGAGACAGCCUUGGAAGUGCCGCUGUCACAGAGAGACAGCCUUGGAAGUGCCGCUGUCACAGAGAGACAGCCUUGGAAGUGCCGCUGUCACAGAGAGACAGCCUUGGAAGUGCCGCUGUCACAGAGAGACAGCCUUGGAAGUGCCGCUGUCACAGAGAGACAGCCUUGGAAGUGCCGCUGUCACAGAGAGACAGCCUUGGAAGUGCCGCUGUCACAGAGAGACAGCCUUGGAAGUGCCGCUGUCACAGAGAGACAGCCUUGGAAGAGCCACUGUUGGCAAAAACAUCUUAUAUGCAUAAACAGGACUGGCUGAAAGAAGGUUUCUAAAAUGAAUGCUGAAAUGGCCAUAUGGCCUGACCAGAGACAUGACUGGCAAAGUAUUACCCUUCCUUUGUAAACAUUUCAAGGGACACUGUGAGACAAACUGUCUCCUGUAUCUCCGAAGAGCGAACAAGGACCGCCCUUACAUUCACCUUUAACGUGCCUGCUCAUUAUGCCUGUUCCAGGAGAUGACAUGGGAGAUACUCCCCUUACUCGCACCCCUAUCCCUGUGCCUGCUCACUUCAGUCAGGCAGAGCAAAGCUUUUCACUUAAAAAAAGAGGGCGCUCCCUUUGCUAUACCCUGCCACCCAGACCUCCAGUUAAGAGCGCUCUGCCUAUUAGCCGCCUAUUCCCGAACAAACAGCGGUCUUGGAGCCAGCCUAGGCCACAAAGUGUUUCUUUCCGAAGUCCCCAGAACAAUCCCCCUGCAAGCGAGCUCUAUGACCAGAGCAAAGGAGAGACCUUUUUCAAGCAGUGUUUUAGAAGCAUUUGCAAAUUAGGCCGAGGAUCCUUUGGCGAGGUAUACAAGGUGCAAAGCCUUGAGGAUGGAUGCUUCUAUGCCGUGAAGCGCUCAGUUUCUCCUUUCCGUGGCGAGUCAGACCGCCAACGGAAGCUUCAGGAGGUGAGGAAGCAUGAGAGAGUCGGGGUGCACCCCAACUGCCUGCGUUUUGUGCGAGCAUGGGAAGAGAAACGAUUGCUCUACCUGCAGACGGAGUUAUGUGCAGGGAGUCUGCAACAGCACUCGGAAGAAUUUUCUGGGCCCCUCCCUCCACGUAAAAUAUGGAACAUAACUUGUGACCUGUUGCACGGUCUCAAACAUCUUCAUGAUCGCAACCUUCUGCACCUUGACAUUAAACCAGCUAACGUCUUCAUUUCAUUUUCUGGUGUUUGCAAACUGGGUGACUUUGGACUCAUGGUAGAAUUAGAUGGAACCGAAGGAAGUGGAGAAGCGCAGGAAGGUGACCCUCGAUACAUGGCACCUGAACUCUUGGAUGGGAUCUUUUCGAAGGCCGCUGAUGUGUUCAGCCUUGGAAUGAGUCUUCUAGAGGUCGCUUGCAAUAUGGAGCUUCCAAAAAGUGGAGACGGCUGGCAGCAGCUAAGACAAGGGCGUCUCCCUACAGAGUUCACAUCAGACCUGCCGCCAGACUUUCUGAAAGUUCUUGCUGCAAUGCUGGAGCCUGACUACCGCCGGCGUGCCACAGUGGACUGGCUGCUCUCCCUUCCUGCUAUCCGUAAUGCAGAGAGAUGGAGGAUGGUGACACUAGCUCAGGAAAGGACACUUGGAAAGAUAAUUACAGUCUAUCAGUUCAUCGUUUGGCUUGUAUCUAUCGUGUUUCAAGGUCUCAACCGCCCAGUUGUAGGAUUUUUACAUUACUGUGGAUUAAGAGCACUUCCAAGGUCCCCUCCCUGUUCUCCUUCUCCCAACCUAGGGGAGAGCAGCUUCUCUAGUGACUGGGAUGAUGAGAGUCUUGGUGACGAUGUGUUUGAGGUUCCACCCAGCCCAUUGGCCGCUCACCGGAACUUUACAUACCAUGGGCAGGAGCUUAUUGGCAGACAUUCCCCAGACCUGCUCUCAAGACCAUCACUUGGAAGCACCUCUACCCCUCGGAAUUUGUCUCCUGAAUUCAGCAUGAGAAAGAGGUCUGCUUUGCCUCUAACUCCUAAUGUCAGCCGGAUUAGUCAGGAGUCUUCAGGCAGUGUGAAGUCUACUAGCCCCUCCACCAGUCAUAGUUCCUCUGGAUUUGUCGAUGCCGAGGUCCAACGUUCUUCAUUUCUCCCUCGCAAUCUGCUCAGCAUGUUUGACGAUGCCACCGAGCAAUGAAAGCGGUGCCCAGUACCACAGCACCAGACUUUUUCUUUCGAUCAUAUAUUUGACUCCAACCAUUGGCUUUUCUCUGGAGAAAGAAGCUGAGAUGUCUACCAAAUACUGGAUGUAUUGAGACAGGGGCUCUUUGCUACACUGCACAUUUAGCUAUGAAAAUGACACCGGAUCUCUGCAUUUUAGCAAAAAAAAAAGUUUCUUUAUAAAAAAAUGACUUGAUUGCAGGUUUACAAACUGAAAGAGUAAUAAGUUGUUCAUGAUUUUGCCAUGAUUACUGCUGUUUUCCAGUUCUUGUUGCAAUAUGUACAAAGUGAUAUAUUUUGGUCCUUCACAAAAUCAUUUUGGUUUCACUAAAAAGUUGAAAGGAACAUAAAUAUCUUGUAUAUGUAAGGGCUGUGCUUGACAAGUUUGUCUUCCUUUUCCUUAUUAUCGAUCCUGUAAGAUUU